UUAAACUUUUACGUGCGUAUACGUACACACAAAAAACGCGACAGAGGAACUCCUACAAACUGGCCCCACCCAAAGCUUGCUCGCUGAAAAUCAAGCCGGGUAUAAAAUUCGUAUUGUGGAAUAAUGAUCCGGUAGUUGGGGAUCUCGAUCGGUAAACUGAUAGCCAUGAAAGACAAGGAGAUAAUAUUUGUCUGCAAUUUGUGGUGUUUGCUCAGAGAUUCCAUUCUAAUUACUUAUGCUUUUUUCUUUUUCAUCCCAUGAGUUUCCUAACAUCUCAUGUGCCUCGAUCGCUGAUGGAGCAGCAAGAAAGCUCGCAGCCUUUGAACAACCCGGCUCGUGUUGCCAAUGUACUAUCGCGGCAACUCACGCAAGGGUGGUUAAAUAACCUGUUUAAAAAAGGCAGUAAAGGUGCACUGGAUGAUAACGACAUAUAUGAUGUACUCCCUGAGGAUGCUACGCUGGGACUUGCAGAUGAGUUGGAAAGACAUUGGAUCAAAGAAAAAAUGACGAAAGAAAAACCUAGCCUCUUCACCCCGUUUGCAAAAUUCCUUGGCUUCAGCUAUUUGUCAAAUGUUAUAUACAUGUUUUUGAAGGAAGGGUUUCGUCUCGUUCAACCUAUAUACAUUGGGAAACUAGUUGCUUAUUUCACGGUUGGUUCUGAUGAAGAAAAAUGGAACGCCUACCUCUACGCCGGCAUUAUAAUAGCGUGUGCUCUAGGUGAAGCUAUAGUACACCAUCCUAUGUUCCUUGGCGUAAUGAGAGCUGGUAUGCAUUUGAGAAUUGCUACCGCUGCUCUGAUUUACCGGAAGGCAUUGAAAAUGAAUCAUUCUUCGCUAAGCGAAACCACUACGGGAAAGAUUGUAAAUUUGAUAACGAACGACGUGCAAAAAUUGGACCAGGUUGCAUUUUUCCUUCUCUAUUUAAUUGUUGCUCCAUUCAUCAUUGCUGCAACGUCGUAUUUAUGUUGGAGGGAGAUGGGGAUAUCUUUUCUACCUGGUCUCGUCUUGCUCUUGCUGCUGGUGCCUUUUCAAGCCUGGAUUGGACGGUUCUUCGCCACUUUAAAGAUGAAAAGUGCUGCAUUUACCGACGAAAGGAUUGGAGUCAUGAAUGAAGUGAUCUGUGCAAUGAGAAUUAUAAAGAUGUACACUUGGGAGGAUUCCUUUGAUGAACUGGUCAGCAAAGUGAGAAUGAAAGAAAGCGAUAAGAUCAAAAGAACAUCGAGAUUUCGUGCAUUAAAUGCAUCAAUAUUCAUCAUCGCUAUCCCAAUCAUGACUCUUGCUAUGUUCGUUACUUACGUACUUACUGGUAAUAUUCUGACCUCUGAGAAAGUCUUUACAGUCAUAGGAAUAUUUAUGUCAGCAAGAGUGGUAAUGACAAUAUUUGUUCCAAGCAGUAUCAUGUUCUUGAAGGAGGGAGGAGUUUGCAUGAAACGCAUACAGGAGUUCCUGUUAAUAGACGAAGGCGUUGUACCGAUGUUGGAUGAAACGCGGAAAAAUCCAAGAGACGUUAUUGUGAAUCGUAUCAAUGCAUCAUGGGACAAAGAUCGCGACGAAACUUUGAAGGAAAUCAGCUUUAAAGUUUCACCAGGCGAACUUCUUAUGGUGAUUGGACCAGUUGGUAGCGGAAAGUCUUCUCUACUGAUGGCCCUUCUUUACGAGCUACCGCUGACAAGUGGAGAGGUACAUAUGAGCCGUAACAUUGCGUACGUAUCGCAAUCAGCAUGGGUCUUCUCUGGAACAUUGAAAGAGAAUGUUUUGUUUGGACAAACAUAUGACAGAGAAAAAUACCACAAAGUUAUAAAAGCCUGCGCUUUAGAUAAGGAUAUCAAAGAUUUUCAUAAAGGUGACCAGACAUUAAUCGGUGAACGUGGGGUGACAUUAAGUGGUGGACAACGAGCUCGCGUGAACCUGGCAAGGGCUUUAUAUUACGACGCUGAUGUUUAUUUAAUGGAUGAUCCUCUUAGCGCUGUUGAUUCGAUCGUUGGUAAACAUAUAUUCGAUGAAUGUAUUCGCGGUCUGUUAAAAUCCAAAGUUUGUAUUCUUGUGUCUCACCAGCUUCAAUAUUUGAAAGACUCAAAUUCCAUUCUAUGUUUGCAAGAGGGUAAGGUGGUCGGCUACGGUAAUCUUGAGUAUCUUAUUCAAAUUGGUUUGGACAUCGUCUCGCUGGUUCAACCGGAGGAAGUUAAGGAAGGUCUUGUAGACACGGAUGAAGUAGUACUUAAUGAAAAGACUGACAAGCGACCAACAUCGUUGUUAUUUAAACAGAAACUUGACCUACAAAGAUCAUUAAGCACGCCGCCCCAUGAAAGAAUCAGCAACAGACAGUUACUUGAUAUGUAUAUAAGUAGAAGUAAAAAGAAAUGCCCACACAGACAGUCUUGGCAUCCGGUUGCUAUAGGAUCCUUCACUCCUCAAAGCAACCGGCGUUGUCAUAAUAUGAACGACACAAGGUCUAUGUAUAUCAUGACUGGCGGUCGUGAUUCAGUACUCAUGGCAGGCGACUCGAUGUUAAACCUCGAGACUUGUUCCAACCAUGGAAGUAAUCUAACUUUACAUAGUAUUGGCCAAGCAAAUUUUUCAGCUCAGCUACUGCACACGGUAUUUCCAAGAAGAACACGGAGUUCCUCUUUGGCUUCUGUGGCUUCAGCCAGUGUCCUCGAUUUGGAAUUGAGUCAAGUACACAGAGAUAAAAAUGAGGGAGAAAAAGAAGAAGAAAGAUCUAAAGGAAGUGUGUCGUGGAGAGUUUAUAAAGAUUAUGUUUUGGCCGGGACAAGCGCUUUCAUGGCAGUUUUGGCAUUUGCAAUAUUUCUACUUGGUCAGGCAUGCGUACUUGUAUCGGAUUGGUGGCUGGCAAGAUGGGCUGACAGAGAAACAAUACAUGCUCGAGAAAACAGCUCUGAGGAUGUCAUAGAUUCAGAGAGAACUCGAAAUAUCAGCGUCUAUGUCGGAUUGGUCGCUGGUUGCAUCAUAUUGUCCUUAACCAGAGCACUACUGUUCUUUUAUAUUCUUAUCAACGCAUCACAACAUCUUCAUAAUAGAAUGUUCGCUGCUAUACUCCGGGCUCCGAUUUAUUUCUUCGAUUCAAAUCCAGUUGGUCGGAUACUUAAUCGUUUUUCGAAGGACAUUGGCUUUAUGGAUGAUCUACUUCCCGCAACAUUCUACGAAGCAACACAGCUGGUUGUCUUAGCUGUUGCUAUUAUUCUGCUGAGUGUUACUUCACAGCCAUACUUGUUGAUUGGUGCUAUACCUGUUGUUAUAAUAUUCGUCUGGUUACGUCAGUAUUAUGUUAAAACAGCGAGAGAAAUCAAGAGAAUUGAAUCUCUAAAUCGCAGUCCAAUAUACUCGCACGUAUCAGCCACAUUACAAGGAUUAUGUACUAUCCGAGCUUUACAUACACAACCACAUUUCCUGAGAAAAUACAACAAAUAUCAAGAUCGCCACACCUCUGCGUGGUUCUUAAUCUUAACUGGGGUUCGAUGGCUUGGGUUUCGACUUGACAUGUUAUGUUUCGUCUUUUUCGCCAUUGUUGUGUUCGCACCAUUGGCAGCGGAAGAAGUUGGGAUGAGUGUAAGUGCGACACUGGUGGGCUUGGCUCUGCUUUAUACGAAACAAUUGUUUGGGAUGUUCCAAUUUUGUGUUAGACAAACCGCAGAGGUCGAAAAUCAGAUGGUCUCUGUUGAGCGUGUACUCGAAUACUGUGAUUUGGAACCAGAAUCAGAGUUGGAAGUUAAGGAAAGCAAGCCAUCUAAAGAAUGGCCACAAUAUGGAAUUAUUUCUGGAGAGAAACUGUGUUUUUCUUAUCACUCAACACUCCCUCGCGUUUUAAAUGAUCUAUAUUUUUGUAUAAGAUCCAAGGAGAAGGUUGGGAUUGUAGGCCGAACAGGAGCUGGUAAAUCGUCAUUAAUCUCCGCAUUUUUUCGCCUGGCCGAACCUAAUGGUGUAAUAAGAAUUGACGGAGUGUCUAUAACAGAAAUGGGUCUUAGAGAUCUUCGUAGUAAACUGUCAAUAAUACCUCAGGAUCCCAUAAUAUUUGCUGGUAGUGUAAAGAAGAAUUUGGAUCCAUUCGGUGAACAUUCUGAUAUAGAGAUCUGGGACGCCUUGGAACAGGUCCAAAUGAAAGAAGUCGUUGAAAAUCUUCCUGACAGAUUGGAUUCUUUACUAUCUGAAUCUGGCAGUAACCUUAGCGUUGGUCAGCGUCAAUUAAUUUGCCUGGCGCGAGCUCUGCUAAAACGUAACAGAAUAUUGAUUAUUGAUGAAGCAACAGCUAAUGUUGAUCAUAAGACGGACAGUUUAAUUCAGGAAACUCUGAGAAAUAAGUUUAAAGAUUGCACAGUUCUAACGAUUGCUCACCGUCUCAAUACUAUUAUGGAUUCAGAAAGAGUCAUGGUAUUGCACGAAGGUCGAUUAGUAGAAUUCGACGAACCAUAUGAAUUACUUCAAAAGUCUUCAUCCAGAUUCUCUGAACUAGUGCAGGAGGUUGGUGGGACAAGUUCUGAGAAACUCUUAGAAAUGGCGCGAAAAGCACAUCAAGGACGAUUGAGAAAGAAAGACAGUGUGAAUGGUUCACACCCUCAGCAUGUACAAAAUAACUCUAAGCGUAAUUCUGAAGACAGAAACAGAGAAAUGCCUAAUGGUGUAACGGACAAUCAUAUUACGUGUAAAGCUAAUGGAACUGUUGGAUCCACCGAAAAACAAGAAAGCAGCUGCUAACGCAUGUGCAUGUCUUGUACAGAGGGAGGUUAAAGAGGUCAGUGAUAUGCAGCCGUAGAAAAGAGAGCCCACGGUAUAACUGAGUAAACCUCGCCUAUCACACUGCCCCUAGUGGGGGAGGAGGGGUGUGUGUUUUGUGCAUGCGAAGGGACAAAUUAAAGGCAUCAAGUAUAUGAAAGAUUAGACGUAUGUAUGUAUGUGUGUUAACAUAUUUCUUUCCUUUGCAACAAAGGAUUCGUCUGACUAAUCCCAGAACAUAUAUUAGAUAUAUCGAGAGAUAUAUAAUAACCCAAUUAAGUCAAAUAUAUCUAAUAUAUACUGUA